AUGAAUCAGGACAAUAAACUCGGAGGAAAUGACUAUGGAAUUUGUUGCACACCAAAAUGUCCAUCAUGCGAACGCGAGCCGAUCCCAUCGAUCGCUAAGUUCUACGAAGCACCUUGUACGUCGACCUGCCUGUGCGUGCCGAGAAUGUGUAGUAUUUUCGGUGGACAUGACUUGAAUGCUCCUGGUCCAGAUCCCAAGGCGUGCAGUCCGCGUAAUAGGAGCAGUACCAAUCCGAAUACACUUGGUUCGCCAGUAGGCGUCUUACAGGCCACCAUUGCCAUGAAAUCCACCACAGCAAAUGUACAUUCUCAUCGGUAUGCUACAACGCUGCUGGCAUUCAUGAAACUCCAUACCACACCGGAAAGCGAAUGGAGUGAGGAAACCCUAGAUGACCUCAUUAGGGAGGGGCAAACUUUACUAGCCAAGCAACCGGACUCGCAGCAUACUGACGAAUCACCAGCGUAUAUCUACUCGCAAAUGGAAGGCAAAGUCAAGCGUUGGCACACCAUAGAUGAUAUCGAUUUUGAAGUAGAACUCAGUGAGAAAAUGAGGUUUGGCCCACCACCAAUCGGCACGGAGGACGAACCACCACCCGAUAUGACAAUGGAUAACUUGAAAGUCGCAAUGAAGAAGUUCUUUUCAAAGCAUCGCUUCUGCCUUAUCAAGGUAGCGGGGACUUAUAAAAUGGUUUGGCGUUCGCGCGGCAUCUAUUUCGUAUUGGACCUGUAUGGUCGCAAGCUGGACGAUUUGGAGACGGACAAGGAGAAUGGCAAGGCGAUGUUGAUCUGUCUCAGGGCGCUUGAUAAUGUCAUACACUUGAUUAGUAAUUUAUCGGGCAUACAGCCCACCGAUCCUUUCAAUUUGCGCGAAAUGAAAAUUGUGAAGCUCAUCGGGAAAGAUGGCAAAACCGUGAGUCGUGACUUUGCUAAGCGCGAACAUCAGUACCAGGUGAUUAACGACGAUUAUGCUGUGCUGAAGGCCGACUCACAUCUACUACGCAAUAGCACCGAUCCAAUUCGCACGCGCAGCGCACUACCAGUGGGCGUGGCGGCUUUACUCGCGGCCAAGAUUGAUCAUCCUGCCACUUGGAAUGAGAAAAUACUCGAUAAGAUCAUUUGCUAUGGCGUGAAUGUCUGCGUCUGUUGUUGGGAGCAGUGUCUACAGGCGAAGAUGCCAAUCGAAAUCGAUCGUUUUCCGAAUCGUCUGAAAAUCGCACAAUUCAAAGCUGCAUUUACCCUUACGCCGCGUAAGUUUACGGGCACUUGGAAGUGUGUGCCCAAUUUCAAACAGAGUGAGCUCGAAUCUGCGUUGAUCAGUAGCUUCGAUGCCGGCGACAACAACUUGCUAGUACAAAUCGAUCAGAAUAUUUACGCAGUUUUCAAGAAGAAUAACUUCCUUUACUUGUUCGAUCCAUAUCGUCACCGAGUGGAGGGCUUACUGGAGGGAGGAGAGGAGGGUGCGGUCAUAAAAAAGAAGGCAACUUUGCGAAUGUUUCGCUCACUUGAAGUGCUCCUGAAAGUGUUCACUCAGAUGCUCUUGGAGACGAACCGCACAACGCAGUUUGCCGUGCAUGUGCUCAAGAUCAAUAAUAUCGAAUUGUCGUCGCGCAAGGAAGGUGCACCAGCGCAGGAUGAGCCAAUACUCAAUGCUGAUUUUGAGGUGAAGUCGCUAAAUGAGACACUUUGCUUUGAAGAGGACGAAACGAAAUGCAAGCUCGAUCUGGCCGUGGAUGAUGAGGAGGAGGACGACAUUACAUCUGGUAUAAUACAGAUGGAUAUGCGAGAUAGGAGUGAGACCGAAGAGUCUGAGGAAGAGUUAGAGGAGGAGGAAGGCGCAUUGGAAGAUCUCGGCGAGCAUGAAUCGUCCUCUAGUGAUGACGGUCACCGUCAUGGUAGAGACAGAAGAAAGAAGAGCAGAGGGCGAAAGCAAAAGGGGCAAGGAAGAGACGGUGAUGGCAGCCGUGGAAGGAGUAAGAAGAGAGAAGGCAAAGAAAAGGGGAAGAAGGGAAAGGCAAAAGGUGACAAGACAGAUAAGGAAAAAAAGGGUAAGGGCAAAAGCAAGGAGAGGGGAAAGAAAGACAAAGACAAGAAAGAUAAUGAAAAUAAGAAGAAAAAAGAUAAAAAAGGCAAGAAAGAUAGAAAGGAUAAGGAGAAAAGGCACAAAGACAAAGAAAAGACUGAUGAAGAAAAGGCUGAUAAGGACAAAGCUGAUAAAGAUAAGGCAGACAAAGAAAAAGCAGAUAAAGAAAAGGCCGAUAAGGACAAGGACAAGGAUAAAGACAAAGACAAGGACCAGGACAUGGACAAGGAGAAGGAUAAGGACAAGGACAAGGAUAAGGACAAACACAAGGAUGCCGAUAAGGAUAAGGAUAAACGCACACCAAGUGAAAUACUGCGCGAUGAGGAAAGGAGACGCCGUGAAGGUGAUGAUACUUUGCACAAAGAUGUUGAAGGCCCCGAUGGACAUGAAGGCUGCUAUGGUCCCGGCGAUCGCUAUGAGCAAUCGGGCGUCCAAGAACUCUCAUGCAGGCCCAAUCAUUAUCCCGGCUAUUCGAGUGUGGCUUACGAUAUGGCAGUUGUUGGGUCGGAGAGCGGCACUUAUGAGAGCAUAUGUAAACUCUUACGCGCCGGCUUCAAAUGCGCCGAUCGUAUACUCACAAUGACAUCUUGGGGCAAUUAUGUGGUCUUUCGUGGUCGUUCCUGUCAUCAUAAAAUCUACUUCCUAUUCGAUGGCUGUACAUGUAAUGUGAAUCGUUUCCGUUAUUUGCAUCUCAAUUGCGGUACAGCUGGACUAUUAUGUUUCGAGAGCUUGCAUGAUCUCAUUUGCUACAUUAUCGACUCGCAAAAGAUACGCGGUAAUCUGAAGAAGCGUCGAAAGAAACUGGUCGACGAAAUCUGCCGGCAAUAUUGCUAA